CACAUGUGACACGCCUUUUGCGACACUCAGGCGCUUCUUUAUCCUUUCCACCCAUCCGCUCUUUCUAGCGAAUGGAAAAGGAGCCUGGAGACGAUUACAUAAGGCGGUUCGCUGCGUUUCUACGCAGUCAAGAACGUCAACUUGCCGGAGGUGGUGUGGGAAGGCCAAGGCAGAAUACAAGUAGUUCAUUCUCCAGCGUGCUCGGUUGGAUAGGAAUCGAUGUCUCUUCGCCUUCGCCAAAUCUGCGGCCUCCGCCAACCAUACUGUCCAUCGACUUACACCAUCUGUUCUACCUCCUCAUUCGUCUCGAAGAUUUUGGCAUUGAUGUUGGCUCGCUGGAUGUCAAGUUACAAAGCAAUUCACGCCCCGUGAGCUACGCGUCUUUAUUAGCGGCGGCCAAAGACGGUUCCGAUACACUGUCCAUCGCGUCAAUCGCCACCUCCAUAUCGAAGCUAUCUAUUGGAUCUGGGUGGUGGGGCAUCGGCCAGCCUCGUAAACCCGACCUCGACCUAAAAUACAUAUACAGUUGUUUCACAAUCCUUCCUGCACUAUCUCUCUGCCAAAGCGAUCUGAAAGUCAUUGCCGAACUCGCUACCGACCCUCCAACCGACACUGCCAUUCCACUGGAUGCCUUUAAAUUCCUUCAGAGGCUAGAACUGCUCGAUAUUGACCCCAGAAAUGUCCUUGGAUGGGACCGGCUCUCGGAGAGUCUACAUAGCCUGACCGUCAAGCGGAGCGGGGUGGAAGAUGUGUCUGACAUCCUUAUCGAUGCCGUUGCUGACGACGAAGUUCGAAGGCAUGGAAAAGGCGGCCCGACUGUCGGGCGUCUCAGACAACCCUCUCAAAGAUACCCUUCGAGCCGCUCUAGAAAAUUCCCACCAUUGGGAAUUCCAACACCUAUAUCGGAACACGUUGCUGAGGAUGCCUGUUCGACGGAGAUCGGUUUGCCUGAAGAAUCCCAGGCAACGAAGUUGUCAAAACACAAAUGGAGACUCCUGAAACACCUCUCGCUUGCAGAUAACGCUCUUACCUUCUUGCCUACUGCCCCUCUCCCCCACCUUGCAUCUCUCACUCAUCUUGAUCUUUCGUCUAAUCUCCUCGUCUCCGUUCCCCCUGGUCUCUCCGAACUUUAUAACCUUGUUUCCCUGAACCUUUCCGAUAACAUGAUCGAUUCAGUACUUGGUAUCUAUACGCAACUAGGACAAAUCCUCAUCCUUAAUCUGUCUAAAAAUCGUUUAGAGAGCCUAUGUGGACUGGAACGACUCCUGGCGCUAGAGAGAGUAGACGUUAAGCACAAUAGACUAGCGGACACCGGCGAAGUAGGACGAUUAGCCAUCUUACCUAACAUCACGGAAGUCUCAGUGGAGGGAAAUCCAUUCACUCAUCUAUAUCAGGAUUACCGCGUACGGUGCUUCGAUCACUUCGCCAAUGAGGGGAAAAGCAUUUCAGUUGAUGGGACAGGACCAUCCUUCUUCGAGUCUCGGAACGUGAAGGUCGUAUCACGGCCAGAAGUAGAUGGCUCUAACACGACGGUUUCGCGCAGGAAAUCUACAGCUCUUGUCCCGGCAAGCCCUCCUGUCGUGUCUAUUGGCGCCACCGUACCAGAAACGCCAUCCAAACGGAGUCGACAAAGCGUGGAUACAACAAACUUUGUGUCAACUAAUACUCAACAGUUCCUCACUUCUGAACAUCUUCCAAUGUCCCCAUCCCCAAGCGGUGUCGGAAUCAACUCACCGUUAUCUGACACGGCAAGCAGCAGAAAAGUAAAGGCUGCAAAGAGGAAACUCAAACGAAUUGUGGAUCUUGAUGGGAACCAAAUUGCGGAUGGGAGCGCGAGCGACAAUACCAUUUCUUCGGGUCCGAAGCCAAAGUAUAGAGCAAAAGCCCGCCAUGCAAGGGGUGCGUCCGAAGGGUUAACGUGGAUGAUGCAUUCCCUGGUUCUUUCCAUCCAUCUCAUGCUGCUUCACGGUUCGACCCUCCCCCCAAGAUCGAAGCGACCUCAACGACAAUGGCUGCACGUAUCCCGGAGCAAAGCUCUGGUGAUACUUCUCCACCCCACCCAACUGCCGUUCGGCGGGUUAGCGCCAGAGCCCUCAAAUCCAACCCCCGACGAGGUGGGCAUACUCGGCAGUCGACCGAAGGCAAUCUGGCCUCGCCAACAGCAGCGCGCUUGGGGAAAGCUUCGACCGAUGGUCGCCGUUUGUCUCCCCCCCUGCGUGAGCCUCUGGAGCCCGGCAUAGCUGAGCACAACGACGCUGUCGGACACGAAGAUGAGGGUGAGAAGUACAGAGCGAAGAUCGAAGGAUUACGGAGCGAAGUGGGCGAUGAUUGGUUGAAAGUUCUCAGUGGAGGUUUCGCUGCUCAGAUCCAAAACGGGAAGAGAAAACCCGCAUUAAUAUCAAGUUC